AUGCAUCCUACCACAGGAAGGAAUAAGCUACAGGAUGCAUCCUACCACAGGAAGGGAUCAGCUACAGGAUGCAUCCUACCACAGAAAGGGAUCAGCUACAGGAUGCAUCCUAUCACAGGAAGGGGUCAGCUACAGGAUGCAUCCUACCACAGGAAGGGAUCAGCUACAGGAUGCAUCCUACCACAGGAAGGGAUAAGCUACAGGAUGCAUCCUACCACAGGAAGGGAUCAGCUACAGGAUGCAUCCUACCACAGGAAGAGAUCAGCUACAGGAUGCAUCCUGCCACAGCAAGGGAUCAGCUACAGCAUGCAUCCUACCACAGGAAGAGAUCAGCUACAGGAUGCAUCCUACCACAGGAAGGGAUCAGCUACAGGAUGCAUCCUGCCACAGCAAGGGAUCAGCUACAGGAUGCAUCCUACCACAGGAAGGGAUCAGCUACAGAAUGCAUCUUGCCACAGCAAGGGAUCAGCUACAGGAUGCAUCCUGCCACAGCAAGGGAUCAGCUACAGGAUGCAUCCUAGCUACCACAGGAAGGGAUCAGCUACAGGAUAA